UGAAGGAUUAGAGAGCACAGCAGAGACGGCUCACUGACAGAACCGAGGGCACGAGUGGACCUAAAACAUUGCCAUCAACAUGUCCAAAGUAUUUAAGAAGACCAGUGGGAAUGGAACUAUUGCCUUGUACUUGGGGAAAAGGGACUUUGUGGACAAUGUGGAUUCAGUAGAAAUAGUUGAAGGGGUAGUUAAAGUGGAUCCUUCUGGUCUUGACGACAGAAAAGUGUAUGUCUAUCUUGCUUGUGCCUUCCGCUAUGGAAGUGAUGACUUGGAUGUCAUCGGACUGUCCUUCAGAAGGGACAUCUGGCUACAUCGCGUUCAGGUGUAUCCACCUACGGGUGGCAGCGAAGCUAAAUCCCCAAUGAUGGAAUCCCUCAUGAAAAAAGUUGGAGAGCAGGGGCACGCCUUUUCCUUCCAGAUGCCACCAAAUCUUCCAUGUUCAGUUUCCUUACAGCCUGGGCCAAAUGAUUCUGGCAAGGCUUGCGGUGUGGACUUUGAGAUUAAAGCAUACAUUGCCAACGCACCUGACAAUCCAGAUGAAGUCAUUGAAAAAAAGGAUACUUGUCGUCUGAUGAUUCGUAAAAUACAGUUCGCCCCAGCUAACAACAAGGCCGGAGCCAAGGCUGAUAUAUCCAAGCAGUUUAUGAUGAGUGACAAACCGGUGCACUUGGAGGCUUCCCUUGAAAAAGAGGUUUAUUACCAUGGAGAUCCAAUAACCGUUAAAGUACAAAUCAACAAUGAAACCAACAAGACUGUGAAGAAAAUCAAAAUCUCAGUUGACCAGCUCACAAGUGUGGUCCUCUACUCAUCUGACACUUACGUCAAGGAGGUCUGUGCUCAAGAGUUUGGAGAGACAGUAAAUGCCAACUCUACAUUUGAGAAGUCCUUCCAAGUAACCCCCCUACUUGCCAACAACAAAGAAAAGCGAGGUCUUGCAGUCGAUGGACGUCUAAAGGAUGAGGACACCAGCUUAGCAUCCACAACGCUGAGUCAAGGAGAGAAGGAGAUGCAGGGAAUUAUUAUCUCCUACAAAGUCAAGGUCACUCUUACAGUUUCGAGUGGAGGCUUGCUGGGUGGUUUUACAGGAAGUGAUGUGGUCGUGGAACUCCCUGUGACACUGAUGUCCCCAAAGCCUGCAGGUCAGAUAUCACAGUUAACACCACGGAUGAUUGAAGCAGCCAGUCAAGGAAAAUCAUCUCUCAUGCAGAGAACACAGAACACAAAGGAACUCGUUAUCAGCAAAGAAAAGCACAAAAUGCUCAAAUUUCCCCUGUAUAUAUUCAAUUCUAUUAUAAAUAACUAUGAGAACUCAGUUAUUGAGGGUCAUAAGUCUGUGUGGAAUUUCUCUGCGUGACAUCAUAGCACUGUAUAGAAUCCAACAGAUGUGUCCCACAAUAGAGUAGACCUUUCAAUACGUGUCAUUGGUAAUGAGGAUGCAGAGCUUGAUUUAGCGUAAUCUUUAUUUUUAUGUCAUUAGAAAUUAUAUGUUGAAAAAUGGUGAAUGAAUGAAAUGAGUGGAUAUUCUAAAAACAGAAAUGUGACACUCUGUUAAGAC